AUGUCCGUGAGAAGAACUUUAUGGAGUAGUAUCAAGAAAAGGAGAAAUAAAUUGAUUGGACAUGCAUUAAGACAUGGUGGGUUGCUAGUAUUAAUCAUAGAAGGCUGCGUGGAAGGAAAAAAUGCUUGGGGAAGACCACGAAUGGAAUAUAUGCAACAAAUAAUAGAGGACCAAGGGUGUACUUCUUAUGAAGAGACAAAGAGGAAGGCAAGUAACAGGGAAGAGUGGAGAAUAUCUACAAACCAAUCUCAGGAUUGA